UGAGCCAUCUUAACUCUCUCCAAGGAGUAACUUAUGGAGUUAAAGAAAAUAUUAGCAUUGUCCACAAACGAAGCAAAUAUCUGGGAGAAAUAGUAAAGCAGCGUUUAUUAAUUGGGGCUUAUUUUUUAGAAAAACAGGAAUUAUUAACUAAGGCUCGUCAAAUGCUUACUAAUUUUAACCAUUCCUUUUCCGGCUUAAUAUCUUCCCAUUGGAGUGAUAAUUUACUACUUUUGGCUAACUUCGCUGGUUUACCUUCGUGCAGUUUACCAAUCGGGUUGAUAAAUGGUUUGCCAGUCAGUAUUAAUAUCAAUGGUGUUUAUGGAAAUGAUCAGGAAGUAUUAGAAUUAGCGGAAAAAUUAGAAUUUAAUAUCGCAAAAUAG